AUGAAUUAUCAAACCAAAUUUUUACUUAAAAAAGGAGUGUUAUCAUAGCCAAAAUGUUUAAGACCUUAAUCUAUAUUAAGUGAUAUUACCAAUUAUUAGUCACAAAAUGAUUAAAACAUAAAAAAUAAAAGAAGGAAUGCCAUUGUGCCUGUCUUUAAUAAAGAUGAUGAAAAAAUUGAUAGAAUAUUAUUCUCAAAACCAAUUAAAGAAUGCCUACAUGAGAAGAAAUAUCUAUAUGAUGAAGAAAUAUAAGAAAAAGAAUAUAAAGAAGAUAUAAAUUACAAAAGAAUAAAUCAUCUAGACUUUCAUAAGUUUAAUUAAGAUUAACUUCAAUAGUUAAUAGAUUGGAUGAUGACAACUGUCAAACGUUAUUAAAAAAUGAGCUAUCAAACCCUGUUUCAUUGUGUCGAAUUACUCGAUACUUUUUUGUGCAAUACUAAAGGAUUCAUAGCUGACGAUCUAUUCCUUAUUGGUAGUUGUUGUAUCUAUCUAUCUUCAAAAUUUCAUGAUAUAUCCCCUAUUUUUGUUGAAGAUAUUAUAAUUGAUAUUUGUUAAGAAAACUAUACUAUUCAUGAAUUUUUAUCAAUGGAAUAAACUAUAUGUAGAAAACUGGAAUAUAAUAUAUAUUUUCAAACACCUUUUGAAUAUUUUGAAAAAAUAUUUUUCCAUCUUAAACCUUUUUUGUCUUAAUUUUAUUAAGAGUGCGAAGUAAUCUACAUGAAACAAAAUGCUUUAGAGCUUCUCUAAUACUCCAUUAUUGCUUAUGAGUUUCGAAAUAUUACUCAUUAUAAUAAAGCAAUCGCCUGUAUCUAUGAAUUUAUCAAAAUGUCUGAUAAAAUAAUAACCUAGAACUUUUUAGAAUUGUUGAAUCAUUUAGAACUAAAUUUCAAUUGCAUUCAACUGAAUGCAACAGAAAUUAAAAAUUACAAGAAUUUGAAUAAAGAACGCUAUCAAUGUGUAAAUAAUUACUUUUAUUGA